AUGGGCGACGCUGACCCCGAGACUGCCAAACUCAACUCACCCAACUCCCUUCGCGCACUCUACGGCGCCACCCUCGAACAGAACGCCGUCAUGGGCUCGCCAGACGUCGAGACUGCCGAAGUGCAGAUCGCAUCGCUCUUCGCGUCGUCGCCGCCUUUCCCUACAAGCGAGCUGCCGGACACUGGCAGUCAGCCGCCUAGCGCGUUCAACAGCAUGCGAUCGUUGUCGUCUUCGGUGAUGUCCAAGCUCCGGAGAGGAAGCCAGUCGGACGCCACAGCCGCGAGCGUUACUUCGGGCGGUAAAGCGCCCAGCUCGGCUGGUGACUCGGGCAAGACGCCUGCAUUCAAAGCUCGUGCUUUACCCGCGACACACGACAAACCCGAUAUCGCUCCACGCAGCUCUCGAGCGGCCGACCUGCGCGCUGGGAAGAUCCCGGAUAAACCAGCAGAGAAGGGUCCGCGCGCACCGCUCGCGAAGGACAGGCUCGGUCAGAUCUUCGCGAACACGCCCGGUCAUAAACGAGCGACUAGCAUUGCUGUUGCAAGCACUGCUGCCCCAACUGUCGCACCACGCAUGACGCGCGCAGCUUCCUUACGCCUUGGUCUCGAGCCUGCUCCGCCUAUGAGCCGACGCACCAGCACCGGCAGCGCAGGGCAGAAGUCAGCAGCUGCAUCGCCUGCUAUCGAGCGCAAACAGACGUUUGAGAACGUACCGGGCCAUAAACGCAGCGAGACGAUUUCCGUGGCCAGCACGAAGGCACCAACGCUCGCGCCGAGGUUGAACAAGAGCGCUGCAUUGCGAGCGGCGAAGGACGCACAACCGCCGUCGAGCUUCAAGUCGGGAACUACGCGCGCACCGGGGCUGAGUCGCUCGAACAGUCUGUCGAGCAUCGGGCGCUCGCCAUCAACGGGUCCAGCACGUCCGCCAUCUGCUACACCUGCACGCCCACCGUCUGCUGCACCUGUGCGCCCACCAUCUGCCACACCCUCACGCACGCUCUCGCAAUCCACCUCUUCCGUCCCACGCGUCGGCCGCGCUCCACCCUCGUCCUUCAAGGACACCACCAAUACGGCGAACGGCGGUCACAGUCGCGCGCCGAGUCGGAGUUCGAGCGUUGCGAGCGUCAGGACGGAUGGCGAGCCACCGAAGCCAAAGCCGCGCCCGAGUAGCUUGCAAAUGCCUACUGUUGCACCAAGGCAGAACAAGAGCGCUAUGCUCAGAGCUGCGAAGAUGGCUGCGCAGCAGAAGGCGGCUCCGGCGGCCGGCAAGUCGAAGCCCAUGUUCGUUUAG